AUGGACACGGUGAGUUGGAAUGUCUUUCGGCUCCUGGCAGACUUCUUGCACCUUGCAGGCAUGGGAUUCGGCUUGGCCGCAAUCCUGUCUUCCAGAACCGUCGCGGGCUUCUCCAGGAAGACCCAGGUACUCUUCCAAGCGGUUUUUCUGUCGAGAUACCUGGACAUCUUCACGCAACGCCAGGGCUCUUAUUUGCUCUUCUUCAAGAUCAGCUUCAACUUGAUCACGGCCUUCAUGCUUUGGUGCUUCCACAAGCUCCACAUCACCUACGACUCUGCGGCGGACUCGUGCAAUCUCCUCGCUUUGGUGCUGCCGACCGCAAUCAUCGCCUUUCUCAGUGGGGGUGAAGGUUUGCGGGAGGAGGCCUGGACCUUCUCUGAGCUCCUGGAGCCCUUGGCGCUGAUCCCGCAGUACAUCAUGUGCUACCGGGCGACACGCGUGAGACCCGCAGCUGUGAUCUACGUCCUGGCGGUGGGAGGUUACAGGACCCUCUACGUGUGCAAUUGGAUCUACAAGCGCUACGUGUGGCACGGCGCCUACCACGACUACACCUCCUGGAUUGGCGGAGCGCUAGAGUGCAUCAUUUUCGCCGACUUCCUCUUCCGCAUCUCCCAAAGAAGAGAGGUGAUUGGGGCGAUUGGCGCUUCGCCGCUAGGGCGGGUCAUCCUCAGCUUGGAUGAUGGCGCCGGCAGGAUCUCCGAAAAGAUUGAGAUGAAGGCCAUAGGUCGACGGAUCCCCUUCAAUCUCUCGGGCCCCGGCUCCCAGGACCGGUACCGGAAGAUUUGGGCGGAGUUUUGCCCUGGCGGCUCCGAGUCCGAAUCUCCGGACCGGCUGGUGGCGCGCUUCCUCAUCCGCGCUGCGCAGCGCAGAUUGCAGGGGCUCACCUUGAGGCGUGUGCCGGUCAUCGUCUGCGGCUACCGCCCCAAGUUCCUGGCGGUGGAUAGGGCCUUCGCCAAGCUUCGGCACCGGGUGGCGAUCUUGCAUCCCCACUGUGCCACUCGCAGCGCCGACGACAUUGCGGACCUGCUGGAUGCCCAGCAUAUCCUCGCCCGAGGCGUGGUGCCCUUCGUUGACUGCGCCGUGGCCCUGGCGGAUGAGAUGAACGCCCGGCUGGGCGUCGGCUUCAACCGCCCAGAGACCUCGAGCCUGCGCCGCGACAAGUUCCUGCAACAGGCAGUGCUGCACCGCGUCGGCCUGCCGGCUCCAGAGCAGAUUGUCACGGCGGAGGCGUCCGCCGCCUGCGCCUUCUUGGCGCUCCACGGGACUGUGGUGCUGAAGCCUCGGGACGCCUCCGGCGGGGACGGCGUGUGCCUUUGCAGAUGUCCGGAGGACAUCUCGACAGCUUUCGAGCAAGAGCUUGGGAAAGAGCAUCAGGAGCUUGGGGUGAACACGGAGCUCAUCGUCACUGAAGCCUUGCUGGGUGAGGAAUGGGUGAUCAACACCGUGAGCCGCAGAGGCGUGCACAAGGUCACGGAUGCCUGGUGCGGGCCAUCCAAGACGUUGAUCGGCGCUGGGCCCGAGCACUUCGUCUACAACGUGCAGUACCUGGCCGGGGAGUCCGAGCGAAUGCUUCAGGUGGUUCAGAUGGUGAAGGACUCACUCACAGUUUUAGGCUUGUGGGAGGGAGCUGCGCACACGGAGCUGGUCUGGGUGGAUGGAACCCCCUACAUCUACGAGGUGAACGCCCGGUGCUCCGGCGGCUUGCCGCGGGGGCCACCCCCCACACAGCUGGAUGUUCUCGCUAUGAGCCUUUUCGACGAGUCGAGAUUUCUGGCGCUGCCGGAGGUUCCUUCCGCGGACGUGGCCAACCAGGCUGCCGUGGUCUUUCUGAAGUCGCCGCUGGAGGGGUGGCUGACGGCGGAGGCGCUGGAGAGGGCCUAUGGGCUGAAGACGUUUGCCUUCUUCGAACGAGGGCUGCAGGAGUGCCGCCCUCCCUUUCACUCCCACCGGGUGCACCUGACGGUGGGCCUCUCCACGUGCCCCGGGGCAGUGGUGCUGCAAGGCUGCAGCGAGGAAGUCCUGCGGGACGUGCAGCUCCUGCGCCAGGUGGAGACCACGGCAUACAUCGAGCAGCUGCCCGUUUGA